AUGUCGACACCAUCAAAGAAGCGUCUGAUUCGGGACUUCAAGCGUCUAUCCACGGAUCCUCCGGGAGGGAUCUCCGGUGCGCCCUGUGCGGACAAUCUCAUGGUCUGGAACGCCGUGAUCUUCGGUCCCGCAGACACCCCUUUCGAGGAUGGAACCUUCAAACUCGUCCUCACAUUCGACGAGUCCUAUCCGAACAAGCCGCCCACCGUCAAGUUUCUCUCCAAGAUGUUCCACCCGAACGUCUAUGCGAAUGGCGAGCUGUGUCUGGACAUCCUGCAGAAUCGGUGGAGCCCGACGUACGAUGUGGCUGCGAUUUUGACGAGCAUUCAGAGUCUGCUGCACGAUCCGAAUCCCAACAGUCCGGCGAAUGCCGAAGCGGCGAGCUUGUAUAGGGAGAACAUGAAGGAGUAUGUGAGGAGGGUCAAGGCGACCGUGGAAGCGAGCUGGUUGGAUGACGGGGAGGGGAUGGAGGGUAUCGCUGAGGAAGAGGAGGAGGCACCAAGAGCAUCUGCAACUGCAUGA